AGAGAGCUUCGAAAAAGCUACGCGUCCUUUCCAACGCUAGCAUAGCUAUUAGCCUCUCCCCCCGCUAGCAACGCAAACCCUAGCUCUCUCUCUCUGCAGUCUGCACUGCGACUUCUUCUCUCGGCUCUGAAGAAGGCCCCGACCCUUUCUUUCAUGGACGACAAUGAAGAGCAGCGCCGAUCCGAUCCCUUCGCGGAGUUCGCCCCCGUCCCCUGCUGGCCCCAGCUCGGCUCCGACCCGGACGGCCGCUACUUCUUCGGCGUCGGCGGGGGCGACCGAGACGGCGCGGUCCUGAGGGAGUUCGGGUGGAGCCUCCCGGGAGCCGGAUCCGUCGGAGCCCGCGACUGCUUCGGCGGGGACGACGACGUCGGCCACCAGAUCAUCAUGGCCGCGGGCGAGGGGACGGGAUCGGGGCCCCGCGGCUCGGGCGCCGCCGCCUCGGCCGCCGCCUGCGGGGGGGCCGCGUCGACGUCGAACAGGACGGCGUCCUCGGAGUCGAGCGAGGAUCCGCAGGAGAGGUCCGCGGCCUCCGGCGAGAGCUUGCUGGUGCCAGAGAAACCGAAUAAAGUUCGAAAGAAAGGACAAAAGAGAAUAAAGCAGCCACGAUUUGCGUUCUUGACUAAGAGCGAAGUUGAUCAUCUUGAAGAUGGGUACCGCUGGCGAAAAUAUGGUCAAAAGGCUGUUAAAAAUAGUCCAUAUCCGAGGAGCUACUAUCGUUGCACGAAUAGCAAAUGCACAGUCAAGAAGAGAGUGGAGCGGUCCUCGGAAGACCCUGCAAUUGUAAUAACCACCUACGAAGGCCAACAUUGCCACCAUUCAGCUGGGUACCUCCGCAGCAGCGUCCUUAGCCACGAGGCUACCUUCGGCAGGCAUUUGGCUCAUCCGGCCUCACAAAUUCACCAUCCCACACGAGCUCAUAUACCCAUAGAAACUUCUCCUCCUAACUUAAACGCUUACCGUGUACCAACCUCUUCUGGAGACUUGCAACGGUUGCCGACUUCUUCCAGAGAACGCGGAGCAGUGUCCGGUGUUAAUCAAGUUCUUCCUACCGAAGGACUGCUUGCCGAUGUUGUGCCUCCUGGAAUGAGAUGAUGAUUGAAUGAUGGUAAAUGCUAACUCGAAGACAAAUUAAUGGCUAUUUCAAUACUGAUAUACGCUGUAAAUAUGGCUCCUAUUUAUUCAUGUCAUUGAUUUAGUGAA